AUGCUCUCCCGUUCCCUUCGCAUUCCCUCAUCCAGGAUCAGCUUUCGCAGUACUGUCCUGACCCGGUCCCCCGUCACCAAAUCCAUUCAUACUGGUCCGCGGCCGACCGUGACCCAAACUCUGGCGACCAUCAACCGCUCCUCUGCGACGACCUUGACUACCUCCGGCUCCCGGCUGUCUUCGAUCUCUCGGCACUUCUCGUCGUCAUCUCCUGCUUCGGAAAGCAAGGAAUCCUCCACAAUGGCUCCUGUCGAGGUUCAACAGUAUGACUAUAUUGUCCUGGGUGGUGGUAGCGGUGGUAGCGGAAGCGCCCGUCGCGCCGCGGGAUGGUACAAGGCGAAGACCUUGAUUGUCGAGAGUGGCCGGUCUGGCGGUACUUGCGUGAACGUUGGCUGUGUCCCCAAGAAGAUGACCUGGAACUUUGCGACUGUUAACGAGACCCUGGAGACCGCUAAGCACUAUGGCUACAAUGUCCCCGAGGGCACGACGAUCGACUAUAAGCUCUUCAAGGACACCCGUGACGCCUCGAUCCAAAACCUCAAUGGCAUCUACGAGCGCAACUGGAACCGGGAAGGUAUUGACCUCGUUCACGGCCGCGCCCGCUUUGUCGAGCCCAAUGUCAUUGAGGUCGGCCUGAACGACGGCACCACUGCCCGCUACACCGCACCUCACAUCCUGAUUGCGACCGGUGGUCGGCCGAACCUCCCCACCGUGCCCGGUGCCGAGCACGGUAUCACCAGUGACGGCUUCUUCGAGAUUGAGGAAUUGCCCCCAAAGAUUGCCGUCGUGGGUGCUGGUUACAUUGCCGUUGAGCUGGCUGGCGUCAUGAACGCUACCAAUGUCGAGACUCACAUGUUCAUCCGUGGUGAGCACUUCCUGCGCAAGUUCGACCCUAUGAUCCAGAAGACCAUGACCGAUCGGUACGAGGCUGCUGGUGUUAAGCUCCACCGCAAGCACCAAGGCUUCAAGGAGAUCAAGCUCAUCCGCGAUGGCAAGGGUAAGGACAAGCUGAUCAAGCUGAUCAACAAUGAUGGUACCGAGUUGGAGGUCAACGAGCUUCUCUGGGCCGUUGGUCGCGCUCCCGAGGUCGAGGACCUGCACCUGGACAUCCCUGGAGUUAAGCUGAACCCCAGCGGCCACAUCAUUGUGGACGAGUACCAGAACACCUCGGUCACUGGUGUCUAUGCCAUCGGUGACGUGACUGGUCAGGCCGAGCUGACCCCAGUUGCUAUUGCUGCCGGUCGCCAACUUGGCAACCGCCUCUUCGGCCCUCCCGAGCUGAAGACCUCCAAGCUCUCCUACGAGAACAUCCCAACCGUCGUCUUCUCCCACCCCGAGGUUGGCACCAUCGGUCUCACCGAGCCCGAAGCCCGCCAGCGGUACGGCGACGACAAGAUCAAGAUCUACCACACCAAGUUCACUGCCAUGUACUACAGCGUUAUGCCGGCCGAGGAGAAGGCCAAGAACCCUACCGAGAUGAAGAUUAUCUGCGCCGGCCCCCACGAGAAGGUGGUUGGUCUGCACAUCCUUGGCCUUGGUGUUGGUGAGAUGCUCCAGGGCUUCGGUGUCGCCGUGAAGAUGGGCGCUACCAAGCAGGACUUUGAUAGCUGUGUGGCCAUUCACCCGACUAGCGCCGAGGAGCUGGUUACUCUGCGGUAA